CAGGCCCUGAACCUGGCAAGCCCAGGCCCAAGGCAUGCUGCUCUGCGGGCAGUGAAGGCGGAGUGAUGCCCUCUCCCCGUUCCAAGGGCCGAAGCCCACUGGGCGAGCAACUGAAUCUUUCUUGCUUCAGCCCUCAGAAUUAGGGGUCCCAGGCCAGGCAAGAGAUGGGGGACGACCACUGGGGUCCCACUUCCAGAUGGAUCUCAUCAGAUCUCUGGCACUGGAAUGGUCUCGCUUGAGAGCAGCUCCCCACUUGAAAGCGCAUCGUGGCUGUGAGAGUCCCAGAGGUGGCCGAGUUGACGCCACACAGGCGGUGCAAUGGCCUCAGAAGCGCCAUCUGGAUCGUCUCCUCCUUGGGAUGCAGUUGAAAGAGCUGCCGGAGUGCCAUCUCGGGUUCUGGUGACCUUUGAGGAGGUGGCUGUAUAUUUCACAGAAGAGGAGUGGGCUCUUCUGGAUCCAGGCCAAAGAGCUCUGCACAGGGAAGUCAUGGAGGAGAAUUACGAGACGGUGGCCUCUCUUGCUCUCAUCUCUUUGCUGGAAGGAGAAGAUCCAGUUGCCUGGGGCUCUGAUGAAGGGAAGAGAUUGUGCGGUGAUGGGAAGAACAAUGAGAAUUAUAGGGAGUCAUCUGUGGUGUCAUUGGAAAAAGCCAAGUAUGAAGCGUGGAAACAGAUGUCUGUAUAUCAAAGAGAACCCCCGAAGACUGACAGAAACCAGUCAAAGAAUAGGAGAAAGAAAAUCUCUGCUUCUCAGUGCGCUCACGUUGAUGUACCUCUGCUCCCGUGGGAAGUUCACAAAGGAAACAGGAAGAGAAUAUGUCAAGUGUGUGGGGAAAUAUUUAGAUACAAAUCGCAAUUAAAUAUGCAUUACAGAAUCCAUAUAGGGGAGAAAGUAUUGAAAUGCAUGGAGUGUGGAAAGAGCUUCAGUGAGAACAGUAAGCUUCUUCGUCAUCAAAGAACGCACUCAGGGGAGAGACCAUUUAAAUGCAUUGAGUGUGGAAAGAGCUUCAGUGUGAGUAGUCACCUUACUCGUCAUCAAAGAACCCAUACAGGGGAGAAACCAUUUAAAUGCAUGGAGUGUGGAAAGAGCUUCAGUCAGAGCAGUAGCCUUCCUUUACACCUAAGAACCCACAUAGGGGACAAGCCAUUUAAGUGCACAGAGUGUGGCAAGAGCUUCAGUCGCAUUGGUAACCUUAUUCGUCAUCAAAAAACACACUCAGGGGACAAACCCUAUGAAUGCAUUGAGUGUGGGAAGAGGUUCAGUGUGAGCUACAAUCUUACUAGACAUCAAAGGACCCACACAGGGGAGAAACCAUUUAAAUGCGUUGAGUGUGGCAAGAGCUUCACAUCAAACAAGGGUCUUACUUUACAUCAGAGAACCCACACAGGAGAGAAACCAUUUCAGUGCAUGGAAUGUGGAAAGAGCUUUAGUGUGAGUGCUAAUCUCACUUUACAUCAAAGAAUCCACACAGGAGAAAAACCAUAUGAUUGCACUGAGUGUGGAAAGAGCUUUAGAGGGAGUAGUCACCUUACUUUACAUAAAAAAACCCACACAGGGGAGAAACCCUAUAAAUGCGCUGAGUGUGGAAAGAGCUUCAGUGUGAGUAGUCACCUUACUUGUCAUCAAAGAACCCACACAGGGGAUAAACCAUUUAAAUGCAUGGAGUGUGGGAUGAGCUUCAGUGGGAGUGGUAACCUUAUUCGUCAUCAAAGGACACACUUGGGGGAGAAACCAUUUAAAUGCAUGGAGUGUGGAAAGAGCUUCAGUUUGUGCGAAAACCUUAUUCGUCAUCAAAGAACACACUCAGGAGAGAAACCAUUUAAAUGCAUGGUGUGCGAAAAGAAUUUCAGUGUUAGUGAUAGUCUUACUAGACAUCAAAGAACACACACAGGGGAGAAACCAUUUAAAUGCAUGGAAUGUGGCAAGAGCUUCACUCUGAGCAGCAACCUCACUUUCCAUCAAAGAACCCACAUAGGGGAGAAACCAUAUAAAUGCAUGGAGUGUGGAAAGAGUUUUUGUGUGAGUGGUAAUCUUGCCUUACAUCAAAGAACCCACAUAGGAGAGAAAGCAUAUAAAUGCACAAAGUGUGGAAAGAUAUUUAGUCGGAGAGGUCACCUUACUCUUCAUCAAAGAACACACAGAGGAAACUGUAAAUGAGGGAUGUAGAACCUCUUGCCUGUGGACCAACUGUGGCCCCCAGGCCUCCCUGUUUGGUCCCCAAGGCCAUUUUGGGGAAGCCACACCCAUCUGCCCCAAACCUGACAUCAUGACUUUAGGUAGGGGUGGGUAAGGGCAGGGCUUCAAAGGAACAAGGAGCUUAAAGUAGGCUGCUUUUUGCUAGAACAAGGCAUGCUCCCAACUGCCCACCAGCUGAUGAGUGGUAGGACUGUGCCUUCUGCAAGGAGGGGAAUGCGAUUUCCAUUCAAUGGAAACUGCUUCUCUCUCCGGGUGCACUUAACUCCAACAGUGGUGGCAGCAGAGGGAAGAGCAGAGAUUAUUCUAAUUCUAAUACUCUUUAAAUGCCGGAUUUCUUCUCUCCCUUGCAGCUGGUGAGGGGCACAAAGGAAAGAAUCCCCUCCCGUGCACCUAGGAAGCAAGAAAAGAUUGCAUUUUAAACAGCAAGUUUCUUCCUCAAGAUUCCCUUAGCGGUAAAGGGCACUUGGGGACACCCCCUUCCCAGAGAUUUUGAGAGCUGGGUGGGACAAUCCACCUGUAAGUCAUGUCAUAAUGACAUGAUUGACAGGUGAAUGGCCCUGUCUGCCUGCCAAAUUUGGCCCAUGAGGCCAAACCUGAUAAGGAUCUUGUCCGUGGAGCCAAUAAUGUUCCUCACUCCUGAUUUAAAUGCAUGGAGUGUGGAAAGAAAUUCAGUUUCAGCCUGUAGCCUUACAAAACAUCAAAUAAUGCAUGCAGUGUGGAAAGAGCUUGAGGAGGAGGAGUGGCCUUAUAAAUAUCAAGGAACCCACAAGGUGAAGAUACAAAAAUGUAUAGAGUCUGCAAAGUGCCCCUGUGUGAGUAGUAGCCUUGCUGUGCAUCUGAGCACAUACACGGGAGGAACCCUAAGUAUAUGGAAUAUGAAAAGAGCUUCAAUGACAGCAAAAACCUCGCUUUACAUUAAAAAAUCCACACUGAUGAAAACCAAACUAUUGCUGAGUAUGGAAAGAUCUUAAAUUUGACAGAAGCCUUACUGCGCAUGAAAGAAUGAAAACAAGAAAUUAGAAAUUCAGGGACUAUGGAAAGCGGAAAUAGAGUCUUCUGGCACCUGAAAAUGUAUUACUAUUUAUUGUCUAGAUUCUACAUCAGAUGCUAGGCAAGAUUUUAUAUCUGCGUAGACAGAAAAACUGAACAGUGAGGUCUGAUUGAAGUGAACUGCAUAAAGUACAAUGUAUACUAACUAUGUUGAAGCUUAUAUUUAUGCAAAGUAACCAAUGCCCAUUCACAACAGUUGUAAUUGAUGAUAAUACAGUAAUUCUAGAAUUUCUAUGUUAACUGUCUCACUCUGCCUAACAGUAGAGCUGGCCCUGGUGGUAAUUUAGCGGUUUCAUAUUGGAGUCUCCAUUUGAAGUUCCUUUGUUCAAGAAUUGCUACUUUCAGCUCAGCAAGAAGUCUCCUUCUGCUUUCCGAAUACUGCCUUUAUGGGUGUCAUUCAGACUUCUUUUGAGGGUGCACUUCCUGCCCUCUCUGCCCUCUUUUGCACUGGAGAAUCCGUGGAUGGAGGCUGACUGUGUUCCCAUGUGUGGUGUCUCUCACACACGUGCAAAUCCACACCUCCAAGCUAAAAACAUUUAUUGAAUAUUUCAACUUUGAUGAGUAUAGAAGUUGGAGUCAGGGAUGAUCACAGCAGUAGUCAAAGUGAGGUUCUUCAGAUGUCCAUAGGCUAUUUCAGUCAUCCCUGACCAUUGCCCUGCUGCCCUGGCCAAGCUCUGUGCCUUUAAUUGCACCCAGACCCUCAGAAAUCCAGCAGUGGGAGUUUUCCUUGGUGUGGACGAAACAGGGAGCACAUGGGAGGGGGAGUUCAAGGCACAGAAGCAGGUAAAAUGGAUGCAACCCUCAUUGAUUUCUGCCCUGUUGAAAGAAAAGAGUGGUCGUAUGGUUCAGCAGCUGUGACAAGAAUUGGUUAUUAUUUAUGAGUGGAUCUGUAAGAAAAUGCUCACGAUUCCCUAGUGAAACGCGUCUUUUUAAUUUCUUUCCCCAUUUUAUCUUCCCACUCGCGCCCCCUGCCUCAUCUCUGCAUGGCAUCACUCCAUUUGUGUUUGUAUGUACCUGUUUGCCUUGGUUUUUGAAAUGCUGUCUUUGUUACCUUAAGCUGGGGAUAGGUAGGACACUAUUGGAGCACCUCAGGCUGUCUCCAUCUGUCUAUAAAACUGGAAGCUCCAGGUCUAAAAUCAUAGAAAACCACACUGUAUGUAUCUGGUCAUUCUUUAUGCUGAACUCGCAGCCAAAACAUCUGGUCCUGAUUCACAUGCUACCUGCUUCAUCAAAUUCAUUUGAUCUGGUGACCAGGCCUUAUUUCAGGAAUCUGGUUGUUUGGUCCAGAGGGCGAGGCCAGCAGAGUUAUGGAACUGAAGCAUUAUUUGGUUCAAACUGUCGUUCAUAAAUAGCACGACUGUUUCCUGUUGCAGGAAGGACAGAAAUUCUUCUUGGCCUGGAAGUCUGGAAACACAAGCGGCUGUCAAGCUGUGCCACCAUUAUGAAGAUGAUAGGAAUUUUGAUACUUUUAGCUGCUCUGGACCAGAGUGUCCCCUGAUAAGGCCCCGGGGACCACAUCACUUGCCGUAAGACAAAAGGAAGCUGUUUGAUGACAGUUGUGUGAUACGUCUUUCAUCCUGACAUGGCACUUAACAAUUCAGAACUGCAUUUUAGUGGUGGGUGAAAGGAGGGAGGGGAGAGAAGGAACCAAUCAGUGAUCAGGAAAAGGGUGUUGGGGAGCAGACAGAAGGUUCAGUAUUCUUGGAUUUAUCUUUGCUUCAUCUCAAAAAUUUAAUACAACCUAAGACAUGAAGCAAUAAAAAGAUAAUUGAAAAUCAGUAUGAAUAUUUGAUAUGGACAUGCUGUUGGCCACUAAAUAAAAGAAGACUUAAUUACAGUGGAAGGGGCAAUAGGUCAGUGGUAGAGCAUUUCCCUUACAUGCAGAAGGUCCCAGGUUCAACCCCCAGCAUCUCCAGGAAGGGCAGUCAGUGUAGACAGGACUGAGUUAGGUGGACCAACGUGAUUCAGUAUAAGGCAGCAUCCUAUUCUCAUUCAGCUGUGUACUCUAGCUAAGAUACUGUGCCAAGUAUCAUUUUUCUCGCCCUCUAACACCUUUUGAAGAAGAGCGUUCGCAGGGCUUUAACUCGUCGAAAAGCAGUUACUUCAGCCCUUUCCAACAUUCUUCUAGAUGCUACAUUCGGGCCCUUUGAAGCUUUUCGUGUGUUAUGGGAAGCUGACAUAGGAGAACCUCUUGCUGAUUCAGUGUGGUCCUUGUGGACGUCGGUACUAGUUAGGACACUUUCAGCUUCUGUGAGAGAGGCAGCCUUAAAAAUCACACACCAAUGGUAUCUAACCCUGAUUCAACGUGUUCACCCAGUCGUUUGAGGGGGUGCAAUGAAAAGGGCACAUAUGUGGUGGACUCGCUCUUUUGUUUCUGGGUUUGAGGAUCUUGUGUUUCACCACCUCUCUAAAGUUAUGUGACAUAAAUCCCCUGCCAUAUCCCUUCUCUCAGGUUUUACUGGUCCUUGUCUGCUUUAUAAAAAAAUGUAAAUGUACUGCCUUCAAGUCGAUUCCAACUUAUGGCGACCCUAUGAAGAGGGUUUUCAUGAGGCUGAGAGGCAGUGACUGGCCCAAGGUCACCCAGUGCGCUUCAUGGCUAUGUGGGGAUUCGAACCCUGGUCUCCCAGGUCGUAGUGCAUCUCACAAUAGUUGUAGGGUGGAAGUCUUCUACUGCUUGCUCACUUGGAAAUGUACUUAUAUGUUUGGCGCUUAGCGCUGAUGGAAAAGUCGACUCGCUCUGUACGGCUGACAGGUCAGGGCAAACCUGAUGCUUUUGCAAAGGUCUGGUUUCCUUUUAUUGCCUUUAUUAAUUCCUCCUCAGAUGGCAUUUAGUCCCCAGCAUCACAUGCUAGUUCAUGGUGCAAUUUUAUGUAAUGGUAUUUGGUUGUUAUAUUUUCCUACUUUUGAUAUAUUGUGGGGUGGCGGUAUUGUGACACUUUAUAUGUAUGACCCCCUUUAUGCCUUCUUAUGACCCAUAUUAUUUGUUUAUUGUUUAUUUUUGAAAUAAACUAUUACUAUUAUUUUUAAAAGGCAGCUUCCUAUGUUCCUAGGCUUUCAGGCCACAAUUUGGGAGCCCCUGUGUAUGUAGGGCUCCAUUCGGGAGGAAAUAUAAAUUUAAUAAAUAAACUGGGAAUGUAGGAAGCUCUAAUUAGAGGGCCGGUGGAGUUUAGGGUUCACACUGCAUUUCCCAUGUAAUCACUGCAUCCUAAUUGGGUUUAAUGUGUAACAGUCUUUUCUUUUUCCUCCAAAUCCUGCCUGUGGUUGUUUUGCACACAAGCACACACACAUACAGCACUCUUUAAGACCUUCUUAAGAGCCUGGAGCCCUCAGUACCCUUGCCUAGGGCAUUCCCAACUUCAGGGGGGUCCUCUGAAGUUCAGGCUAUGCCAUCCGAGAGGUACGUAGCUGUGUUUUAAUGCACCUUGCUGUGAGUCCCCCUCCCAGCUGAGAUUAGAUUGGUACCCUCCUUGCUGAACUUCAGGUGCAUGAUGAAGACGUUCUUGUUCCAGCAGCGUUUUAAGACAGUCGUCUUUCUGCUUCCUUUUAUUAUGCCUUUUAAAUUGUGUAUGGUUUAUUUUAGCUACACUGCUGAGAAAUGCAAAUGAUUGUUGUUGUUAUAUGCCUUCAAGUCGAUUACGACUUAUGGCGACCCUAUGAAGCUAUUUUUGGAUAUAUUCAUAGGGUUUUCAUGGUAAGAGGUAUUCAGAGGGGGCUCACCAUUGCCUUCCUCCAAGCCUACGGCACCCGGUCUUCCCGAGUACUAACCAGGCCUGACCCUGCUUAGCUUCCAAGAACAGACAAGAUUGGGCGUGUUCAGGGUAGUAUGGCUGUAGGGGCAAAUGAUUAAGUGAUAUAUAAAUGCUUUAAAUAAAUACAUGUGGGGCUUUCAUGUUCCUGGCUG